ACGUAUAUCUUCCUAUUUCCAGCACUUUUUCUUCAGCUGUUUAAAACACAGAGAAUUUUCUUUUGAAAUAUUAGUUUGAUUGAAAUCUUAACAAUAAAUUAAAAAAUUGCCUUAAUAUAAAUUAAUUUUCUUAAAAGGCUGAAGAUUGAUGGGGAAAGCUGGGACAAACCCAUUAAUGUCGGGGCCUGCAAGAGCAGUGUAUCCAGCUCCACAUGCUCUGUACCCCCUUUGGCAUCUGCAAAAUCGCUACCUUGCUGUGAUUUGCUCCUUCUGCGGGGCUGCAUUCAUGUGUCUCCUCCGAUGGGGUGAAUACAGCAAGUAGCAGGACUUCCUGCUUUUUCCAUAAUGGCUUUAUUUUGGCAAAUAAACUCCUGAGUAGUACCUUACUAUACAAAUAACCCCAUUGAAUUCAGUGGGACUACUUACCUAGUAAGAUACUACUCUUCUUGAGGAAGGAUGGCAGCAUCUGCCACUAAAUUACAAUGCAAUAUGUGAUGUGUGUUGUAAAUUACAACACUCAAAGUAAGUUAUAAAUAAGGCCUCUGAUUUUCAGUUAUUUAUUUCAUUUAUUUCCUGGGUUUAUUUAAAAAAAUAAAAGGGAAAAAUCAGUAAAACUGAAAAUAAGGGGCAGUGUGCAGGCAAGAGGGGUGCUCCGUAUUCUCAGCAGCCGGGGCUGCAGCAGUCAAGAGGAUCUCGGGUGCCAGGACCGAACUCUCUGUGGUCUUGCUCCCACACUGCUCUGUGGAAGUAAACGGGGCCACGCUGAAGGGCUGGAGUCAGGAGGGAAGCGGAAGGCUACAACCUGUGAGUACUGUCCCCGCCAACCCCCCCAACCAGACACACCCCACUUCUGACCCUUGAGUGUGGCCCCAUUUGCUUCCCCUGCAAAAAAUUCCUGGAUCCCAAAAACGUGAAAAUCAGCAAAACCUGAAUACUGGCGUUUUCAAAAGUCCAGCAAUUAUUGGUGAGGAGAGGGGAGGGAAAUCCGUAAAUACUGAUAAAGAAGGAUCUUAGUUCAAAUAAUUUGAGCCACAUAGUAGUUCAAUAGUGUAAUUGCCACGAAUGGGCUGUGUUUAGCUGUGAGGUAGCACAGGAUAAUCAUAUGUAGCUGCCGUUGCCCUCUAUGCAGCUUCCAAUUGCUCUCCCUCUGAUAUUGACAUGUUUUUGUUAUCCUCUACACCAUACAGCAGAACAGAGAAUAUAGUUUUUAGCAAUUAUAUAGUUCCACCAAUUACAUAAAACUAUUUGUAUUCCUCAGAUGGUGCAGUGAAUAGGUACUAGAGUGGAACUAAGGGGAUCUAGGUUCAAACCCGAGGUCAGCCACCGACUUAGUGUGAAUUCAGGCACAUUUUUUUAAUCUACUUUAUACCUAAAUUCCCUAAUUGAAAAAUGGGAAUGAUACUUCUCUACUUCAGCGGGCUAUUGUGAUGAUUAAAUCUAUGAAUGGUUGAGAUGCUCAGAUACUGUGGCAAUAAGGGCCAUAUAAGUACCCAAAUACAUAGAAGAUGGCAACCACAGAGGAAAAUAAAGAGGAAGUGAUGAUCUUGUGAUUAAAACACAGGACUGGAAAUCAAGAUACCUGAGCUUUCUUAUUAGUUCUAUCAUAGAUUUCCUGUGUAACCACGAGAAAGCCUGUGGAAGCCAUUUGGGGAGAGGAGUACCGAGGAGUAAUGUAUAAACCCCUGUACAAAGGCCAGAUGCCACUGCAGGAAUCUCAAGAUGCCCACAGAUUUGCCUUCCACCUACUCUGAAGUUUUUUAACUUGCACAGUGAAUUAUCUGGCCUUUGGAAAUACAUUUAAGAUUAGCAAAUAAUUCAGAAAAUAAUUAUCAUAUGACUGGGAAUUAGAUUGUACAUUAGACAAAAGAAAUAACAGACUGUAAAUUGAUUUUACUGCAGUAUGUACUUACAUGGUGCCCUAUAUACAAUGUAACUAAAAAAAGUAUUCAAUGAGUAUUGAAGUAUUUUGGCCAUUCUGAAAUUAAAAAUACAGAUAGAACAGUGUUUGGAGGCUCUCCUUCAAACCUUUCAGUUUCAACAUAAAUUACCUCUCUACUAACUAGCACUGUCUGAUUAACCUUUCUAUUUCUAAUUAUCUUUGUCAGCAACAGCAAUUGCUGAGACCCUCUCUUCUCAGACCAGAGGAGUUGUCUAUGGAAUCUGGAAUUGAUCCAGGCCAAGAAUAUUAUGGGCAAGAUUACUACAGUUAUGAACAUGGGUAUGAAUUGCCUCAAUAUGGGAGUCGUCGCCGAUUGUUAUCUCCAACUGGAAUGUAUGAUGAGUAUGGUGAAGUGGUUGUGGAAAAUGAUGGCAACUAUUAUUACAGUCCACAUGGAUCAACAGCUGAAGGAGAAGGGAUGAGUCGAGGCAAAGGUCCUACAGGCAGAGGUAUAAGCCAGAGAGCAGGGCAUCAAAUAGAAGGUAGUGUUUUAGGUGGUGGGAUGAAUCUAAGAGAUGGUUCUGGAAGAGAACAUAGGACCAGCCAGGGGAAAAGAAAACUAAAAGCAGUGAUGCAGUUGAGUCGAAUAGCCGUAAAACCCCACAAACGAGAAGGAACAACUGAGUCUGCUCAUUCUCCAUGGAAGAAAGCAAAGAUAUUUCCAAUGAUUCUGCAGAAAGUAAAAGGCAGUAGCAAAGAUUCCAAUUAUGCAAAGCUGAUGUCAGCUCGCCCAGUGGACAGUGAAGACAGCAUGAUUAUCAAAGGAAAUUAUUUCCAGAAAUCAGCAGAUGACAAACCUUCAACAACCAGAAAACUAAGUCAUGUGCUAAAACACAUUAGUGUUUCCAAAAAAUUUCAAAAGCAUUGCAAAUCUCAAAGCUCUGCUAGCAAAAGUUCAGUAUCUGCAAGUGAAAAAGGAGGGGAAGACUCUGAAAGUCAGGGGGUGAGUGAAUCUGAAAGAGAUGAAACAAAAUCAGGAAUUUCAAUUAAUAUCACAGCAGAAAGUGAGCCAGAGUAUAGUGAUGUUUCUGAUGACUAUGAUAAGAAGAAAAAAAGAAAAUCUGCUGCUUCAGAUGAUGAUGAAUCAUCAGCAAGGAGUAGUAUCUCUGCCUCUCAGGCAGAUGAUAAAGACUAUUUGAAAGUGACACUGGACCAAGAUGAAACCAAUGAAAGUACUGUAGAUUCUGAUGAAGAGAAGGAGGAAGAUUUACACGAUUCAGAAGAUGAUCAUUCUGUAUCCAAAUCAGAUAAUGAACAGGAUGAAUCAGAAGAGGACAUAUCUGAGCACUCUGAAGAGGAAGAAGAUGAGGAAGAGUCAAAAAGCGUCCUUUCUCAAGUCUCUGGUUCUCAAAAUCAACUCUCUGACAGUGAUGAAGAUGACUUCCAGUCAAAGGUAUCCUCAAAUCAGAGUUCCUAUAGCAGAUCUAGUGAUUCCAAUAGCAGAAGAGUUAGUGAAAGAACUAGUAUGUCAAGUAAGGGAAGUAAAUCUAGUGGAGGAACAAGGGAUUCCAGUCACAGGUCAGAAGUGAUUAAUUCUGACAGUGAAAUUAGCUCUAAGGGAUCAGUCAGUGAAAGAAACAAGAGUUCUGGAUCCAGCUACAAGAGCAAAAUGUCCACAGUUGGCAGCGAAAUAGAAGACAUGAUAGAGGAGAUAUCAGAGGAAGAUGAAAAAUCAGAUUUGGAGCAAGAUGAUACAAGCCCUGAUGAGGCAGGUGACAAUAUAAGUGAUAGGACUAUGUCUGAAACGUCUUCCAUCAGUCAAAAAACUACUUCCAGUAAACAGAGCAAGAUAAGAAAAUCCGGUAUUAGUGUUGGAGGUAGCAUGGCUGAAAGCACAGAAGAGACUGAUAUAGAUGCUAAGGAUAGGGAAGAAACUCUCAGUAGGAGUGAAUCAAAAAGCCUUGAAAGUGAAAAUAGUGUUACUUCCAAAGGCAGCGGAGGGACAAAGAGCUCAGUGAGUGCCGCUUUUUCUAGUAAAACGGAUGCUUCCCAAGAUUCACAUCUUCAAAGUUCUGAUUCCAAUAUGAAAAGAAAGAAUCUAAGGAAAAAGAUUUCCUCAAAACACAGUGAACUUCAGUCAGAUGAGACUCCUGAUACUGCUGCAUCAGAGUCAGAGACUGCCGCUGACUCCACAUCCUUUUAAAAAGAGAGAACAUGGGCCAGAAAGAAAAGGAUCAAGUUAGUAGUUGAUCCAGAAUAUGAGACCAGCUCAACUGGAGAAGACAGUGCUCCAGAAUGCCAGAGGAAUCGUCUUAAUAACCCCAAUAUUCAAAACAAUGUAAAUGGCAA